AUGGCGGACGUGGAUGGUUUCUAUCGAAAAAUCAGACUUCGCCUUGUAGAAAGUGGCGAAUGGGAGCGGAUGAAAGCUACGAUCAGUCCGAAGUUGAACGAAAGUGGAUGGCUGGACGACAUUAAACACAAGGGUGUCGAGCAAGCUACUGAGAUGGAUCAGUUAUCCUUUCAAACUCUUUUUGAAGCAUUGUCCAAAGCAGGACACGUAGGGCUCCCAUUACCAGCUCGCCGAGAACUUCAGGCUAUGAUUCGGGAUUACUUAGAAAGACAAUUCGAAUAG